GCCCAUGUCAUGCUCGGCUCAUCAGCCGCAGCGCACCGUUGCCCGCCCAGUUCUCUCUCUCUCACCCUCGUCCUACCUCUGCCUGUGCGAGGCGCAUACUCAUCACGGCCAGCCGGGAACCCAAUCGUUGCGCUGCGCAUGUGCCGUGAGAGUCUAAUCCAACAAGAACCCGAUGGCCCCCCCCCACGGGUUCCAUCGCGGCAGGCAUGCAUUGAGCAGAGUAGUGUACUCCGUGGAUAGCGC